GCACCGCCCUGAACACACACCGUGGAGGUCCGUGGAGAGACUGCGGGCUCAGUCGUGCGUUUGUAUGUGUUUGUGUUUACAAACAUUUCUCCUUUGAGCGCGUCCUGUGGGACAGCAGAACAAACAGAGACCUAAAGCGGUGACCGAACGGUGUGUGGAAAUGAGAGGUCGUCCCACCGGGCGAAUUAAUCAGUAACUCGCCGAGGGAGGGCACUGAGCACGGCUCACAGAACGGCUUCUGGCUACAUCUCAGAGAGAACCAGCUCGCUUCUGGUGCGGAGAGGGAAUUGUCGCCAGUUUGCUUCAGAUUCCCAGUAUCCGCAGAAUUGUGUAGUAUAUUAGUCAACAGGGUACAGUAUUAAGGCUGAUGUCUCCCUGAAGGGUCUCGGCCUGAAACGUUGACUGCGCCUCUUCCUAUAGAUGCUGCUUGGCCUGCUGCGUUCACCAGCAACUUUGAUGGGCCAUCCACUUGGACUGAAUGAUUGGUUCCAGUUUGAAAACGCUAUCUUGCGUUCACCUGCUGCUGAAGUUGUUCUGAGAUGCCAGUGGAGUCGCUGUACGCAGAGAUGGACUUCGAUGUUUCUCCCGUCACUAAGCUGAAUGGCAUUGAAAGGAUGGCAAAUGGAGACAGCAGCUUCAGCUCCUCAAGGAACUCCAAUUCAGAUGAUGAGUUCAUGAACUACCUGUCUCGCGAGGAGCAAGAGUGUAUUUUGUUCUUUGAGAAUACACUUGACUCUCUGAAUGAUGAUUUUGAGGACUACAGCUCAAACUCCAGCCUAAGAGUCAAGGAUCCUUCCACACUACAAAGAUAUAAUUCGGAAAACGAGGAAAUCAUUGAUUUAGUGACCACCAAAUCUCAGCCGGUGGAAUUCAUCCCUAAAUAUGAUACCGUGUUUCCAGUUGAUGAAGGUGGAGAGAGACUCCAGGAAGAGAAAGUCCAGGUGAACCAAGAGAAACCUGUGGUGAAGGAGCCGAACAGCCGUUCUCCCUCGCAGUUAACAAAGCAAAGCAGCUUUGAGAGGACUUCUCCGGAACCUGCGCUAGAACCUGUACAAGCGUACUGCAGUCAUUCAAAGCCACUGGGGUCGGUGCCAACUCCGAUGGUCAUCGCGCAGAAGAUCGCCGAGAAGAGCGUAGGAAACGGGAUCCCUUUGCCCACACCUCAGACCGAGAGGAAGCCGUUGACCCAGGAGAAGGAGCAAGCGAAUACAACCUCGCUCACUGAAGGUCGGGCACCCCUGUACAAAAACGUCAAAGCCCAGAGGUUCCCGUCCAACAUUAGCAUCUCCGUGCCGAACAAGGAGUACAACAGCACCAUCUCCAAGGCGGCGGUCAAAGUACAACAACGCAAAGCUCAAGUGCUGGCAAACCUUGGCGGCACCAGCCUCCUCGCUGCAGAGUCAGAGCCAAGUCAUCUUCCGGGAUUAGUCAACAGCCCCAGAAGGAGCAGGCCUCUGAAUCAUUCUGCGUCCAAUGAAUCGGCAGGGAUGGCAGCACCAAAGCUGGGGUCAGUCAACGAAUCGCCGGACAAAGCCGAUUCAGGGCUGUUGAAUGGCUACAGACCAAAGGUCAGGGGCUCUAGCUCGAGCCAGUCCGUGAUGGCCCCCGGUGUGUCCAAAGGAAGUCACGCGGCUGGCCCCACCCAGAAAUCUGCUUCCCUGCAACCCGGAACCACAGACUCUGUCCCCCGGACUGACUCACCGAACUCUCCAGCGGUGCGCAGAGCAAGCUCUUUCCAGCAGCCAUCAGGAUUCCGGACACCGGGAAUUACUGUCCAGUUCUCAGGCCGCAGUUCGAAUGACGAAUCCUGUAGAGAAGCACUGCGCAGGCUGGGUAUUUUGAGGAUUAGCAAGGAUCAGUGACACCCUGACUGAUCUUUUCCAGGAAUAUUUAUAACACUUAAAAAAAAAAUAAAUAAAUAAAUAAAUAAAUUCAGGAAUAAGGAUGCAGGCUGUUUCUACGCUGCCUCUGGAUUGAACCAAAAAGAUUUCCAUAGAAAAUUGUUGGUGUGUGAACUUACAAUCGAUUGCCUGGGAAUGUGAGACGGGGAAGGCACUGUUUAGCCCGAUAUACGUGUCCAAAAAAAAGGUACCCACUUGGUCAACUUGUCCAUCAGAUAUUCUCAAGAAUCCCAGCAAACCUAGGCCAGCCUUGGCAUGGGCUCAUGGUAAACAAAUGAAGCCAGUGAAACGUACGAAACCUCACUUUUCUCCAGAGCGCUGGAUGCUGAGGAGAGAUCUAACUGAGGUUUAUAAGAUUAUGUGAGACAUGGAGUAGACAAUAUCUUUUUCCAAGGACUGUAAUGUCUCGUACUAAAGGACAUGCAUUUAAGGUGAGAGAGGGUAAUUUCAAAGGAGAUGUGAGUGGCAAGGUUUUGACACUGAGUGGUAGCUACUUGGAAUUCACUGCCUGGGGUCAUGGUAGAGGCAGAAACAUCAGAGUAUUUUAAAAGACGUGUGAGGGAAAUGGAAGGAUAUAGACAAUGUGUAGGCAGAAGGGAUUGGUUAAGUUAGCCAGUAACUUACUAAUUUAAUUGGUUUGGCACAACAUUGUGGGCUGAAGGGCCUGUUUCUGUGCUGUACUGAUCUCUGUUCUCGGUUCUCACCCAAACUAUGCAAUGUUCAUUCCUUUAGUUUGGAGUAUGCAGCAUGCUCAACAAAGCUUCAAGAUGGGUAAUGUUGGGAUUCCUGGGUUACUGUUUCUGUGUAAGGUUCUCUCUGAGAAAAGCUUUCUCAGACUUCUUCACAAAGUUCCCUGUGAGGAUAGGUUGAGCGAGUGAGGGGUUUUCUGUUAGAGUGGAGGAUGAGAGGGGACUUCCAUGCCUCCGUCAAGAUAAUGAGAGGCAGAGACUGAGCAAACAGCCAGAGACAUUUUUCCCAGGACAGAAAUGGCUAAUGCAAGAGGAAUAGGGGGGCUGUCAGGGGUGAGCUUGUUUACACAGAGUGGUGGGUGCACAGGACACCCUACCAGGUGUGGUGGUAGAGACAGAUACAUCAAGAGCAUUUAAAAGACUCUUAGAUAGGCACUUGGAUGACAGAAAAAUGGAGGGCUACAAAGGAGGGAAAGGCUAAAUUGUUUUUAGAGUAGGUUAUAAGGUCAACACAACAUUGUCAGCAAAAGGGCCUGUCAGGUGCUGCAGUAUUCUAUGUUCUAUGUACUAACUCUUUUUAAAGACAGUAACACUUGCCCAAGUUAUCAUCACAGCUAUCGUCUUGAUGUACCUCACUGAGUUCAGAAUCCAGAAUAAUAUCUGGUCAUAUACUAUACUUGCCUCCAUCCUUGGCUUGCAUAUGAUAGUUAUAGUCUACAGACUGUUGAUAAAUCUGUUUAUGCCAAAUUUUAUUUUAUUUAGAGCUACAGCACAUUAACAGAUUCUUCCAGCCCAGUGAGCCCUCAACACCCAAUUACACGCCCAUGACCAAUUAACCUGCUAACCCGCACAUCUUUGGCAUGUGGGAGAAAACUGGAGCACCCAGAGGAGAGCCAUGUGGUCAUGAGGAGAACGUGCAAACUUGUUACAGACAGCGGUGGGAAUUGAACCCGCAUUGGUGGUGUGCUGUAAUAGCAUUACACCAAGUACACACCACGAUGCCAGCCUCAUAGUUCACCAGCUGCCAUGUCAAAGGGUAUGUGGGCAUCUGAUCCUGGGAGUUUGGAUCUGCACACUACAUGCACAAACUUUGAACGCCGAUAUUGGGACACCGUGCUCUUGCACCCAAAAAGGCCAAGUCGACAAUAGUUUUUGGGUGUGUCUGCAGGUGAAGAGUAUGGCAGACAAGUCACUACCACUUCAACUGGACAUGCUUUAUCAAUUCAAACAAAUAGAGUGAUUAAUAAGCUGCUCAUUUUACACAAGAUAUUGAUGGGUACCUUGUCAAGUCUUCAGAAAUGUUUAUUUUAAUAUUGCCCUUAAUGAGACAUUAAUGGACACUUUGCCUCAUAUUAAGUAAUCCAUUAAGGGUUAUAAUUACACGUCGGAGGAGGAUAUGAUUCUCAAAGUGGUAAUAUGAGACCUUAAGUUUAUGAACAAGACUUUUCAAUAAUGUUAAGGGAAGGUCCAUUUUGUUGAUGAAAAUGCAGUGCUUGCCAACAAUUUCUCUAAUGUUUUUAAAUCAGUUAAAACUGGCCCAGAGUGAGGUCUUGGUCCUGAGUCUGUAAUUCUAAUGAGUUCAGUUGCAGAUAAAGUAUAUUUAAUUAAGUAUUUUUAUAUAACUUGCAAAUUAACAUUGUAAAGGACUCCACAUCUCUGUUACUGUGCUCCUUCCUUGUAAAUCCUUUGUUAUCAAACUCAUUUUCGGAAGUCCUGUUUUUCCGUCUGGUGAACUGAACUGAACUUCCAUUCUUCAGAUGCAGAUUUAUUUAUUACAUACAGUGAAAUGCGUCAUUUGCAUUAACAGCACAAGGGUAUGCUGAGAGGCAGCCCGCAAGUAUCACCACACAUCCUAACACCAACACAGCAUGCCACAAUACUCCACAGAACAACAUAAGCAACAAGACAGCAACGGCAAAACAAGUCCCUUUCCCAGCCUCCCACCCAUGUUUUAUUUCCAAAUAAUUUCUCAUCUUUUUCCAGACCAAUAUUCUCCAUACUAAUGUAACCGAUGUCUUUGGAAAUUCGGGUGUAUCUUUUGCCUACAUGGCUGAUUAUUAUCAUUCUAGACCCAUUCCUGCCUUCUCCCUGUAACCUUUGACUCCCUUGCUAAUCAGGAACUUACAGCUUCUGCUUUAAAUAUACCAAAUGACUUGGUCUGUGGCUAAAGAAAUUCCUCCUCAUCUCUGAUCUAAAGGGAUGCUCUUCUAUUCUGAGGCUUUGCCAUCUGGUACUGGACUUGUCCCGAUGGGGAAACAUGCUCUCCAUGUCCACUCCAUCCAGGCCUUUCAAUAUUCCAUCGGUUUCGAUGUGAUUUGCUCUCCCCCCUCCUCCCCGUGCCCCCAUCUUUUUAAACUCCAGUGAAUACAGGACCUGAACCAUCAAGCAGUCCUUUUACAUGAACCCUUUCAUCAUUCCCAGGAUCAUGCUAGUGAACCGUACUCCAACUGUGGUCAGAACAGGACUUUCAGCUAAUUUGCAACAUAUCCUUAGUGUCUUGGGAUGAAAUUAGUAGAACACUGUGAUCUGGUUGAGUGGCAUAAUGUGAAAUGCUUAUUCAGAUUUAGUUCACGAUAUCAAAUAUAACUAUAUGUAUGAGCUGGUGCUGAAUAUAUUACCUUAUGCUGAAUAUAUUACCUUAAUGCAAUAUCUGUGCUUGUGUACUCUGUAUACUUAACUGAUGAUUUUGAAAUGUGAUCUUAAAUUGUAUUUACACAGAAUGUUCACAUUAAAUAAUUCAAAAAUAUACUUUAUUAACUUUGUUACUUGUCUUCUGUUGAUAAAUGUAAUCUUGUAAUUUUAUGUGUCCCUUGUGUGCAAGGUAUCGACAACACACAAAAUGCUGGAGGAACUCAGCAAGUCAGGCAACAUCUAUGGAGGGGAAUAAACAGCUGACUUUUUGGGCCGUCAGGGCUCCUGGUUUUGUGUGUUUGCUCUGUAUUUCCAGUAGUUAAACAUUUUGUUAAUUUAGUAUUUUACUAAGCUCCUCACAUUUGUGAAUGGCUUUCACUUGCCUUUUCCCCCCUUUCCUACCCACCUUCUUACUCUAGCUUCUGCUCCUUUCUUUUCCAGUCCCAAUGAAGGCUCUCAGCAGGAAAUGUUGACUGUUUAUUCAUCUCCGCAGAUGCUGCCUGACCUGCUGAGUUCUUCCAGCAUUUUGUGUGUGUUUCUCUGGAUUUCCAGCACCUAUAGAAUCUCUUGUUUUUCAAACUGUCGACAAUUUUUGUUUUACACAAAACUGUGAAAGGUUUCUCAAAUGGUCAGCACAUCAUGAGGGGCUGAGGGGACUGCACUAUUCUGUUCUACGUUCUAUACUGGUGGAAGGUGUUAUGUAAUGUAUUUGUUGUUGUAAAUGUUACAAUUAAUAAUAAAAUAAUUCUUGGCAUA